AUGGACACAACGGUAGUACCCGACAGCUCAGUCGAGCCCACCAACAUCAGUGCGAUGUCACCGCAAGGACCACCACAAAAUCUUAUUCUUGGAAACCAAAUAAAUAUGACCAUAGCGCUCGUCAUCAUGAUGUUUGCAAUGGGAUGUACACUUACGCUGAAAGACCUGAAGUAUAUUUUUAUUAGACCUGUUGGACUCUUUAUUGGUUUCUUGUGUCAGUUUGGAUUGAUGCCUCUGAUCGGUUUUGCUCUGGCACAUGCAUUCGAUUUGUCACCAGGCCUAGCGGUUGGUACUAUCGUUAUUGCCUGCUGCCCUGGUGGAAUCAAUUCAAAUAUACUGACAUAUUGGACAGAAGCAGACAUUGCUCUCAGUGUGAGUAUGACAGCCUUUUCCACCCUGUUUGCUGUGGUUAUGAUGCCGUGGUGUUUAUUUCUGUACACCCGUAGUUGGUACGCUGUGGCGGAUGCUAUAAUUCCAUAUGUUCAGAUAAUAAUAGCUCUGGUCACUAUUGUCUUUCCAUGCAUAUUUGGGAUGCUGAUAAGAUGGAAAUUUGAGAAAGCCGCUAAAAUAGUAGGCCUGGCAUCUUCGCCAGCCAAGGACUAUUUAUUCGGCCGAUCAACAUUAACCCUUGGCAGAUUUCACAACGAUUUACUUGUGUGUAUGACUGUUUGUUCCACGUUAUUUGCUGUGGGAAUGAUGCCAUGGUGCCUAUAUCUUUACACGCGUAGCUGGUAUGAAAUAGCUGACACAUUGAUCCCUUAUGAGGAAACCGUCAUAGCAUUAGCAUCUAUAUUGCUGCCUUGUGCGCUAGGUAUGUUGAUUCGAUGGAAAUUUGAGAAGUUCGCCAAGAUUGCAGCUAAGAUUUGCAGUUUGGCAAUAUUUGUUGGUAUGGGUGUGGCGUUUACUAUCAGUUUCUAUGCCUACGACGCAAUGUACCGACAGGGCUGGAAGUCGUACGCCGUAUCAAUCAUCUAUCCAUUGUGCGCCCUCUGCGUUGGCUAUGUGUUUCCUUGGCUACUAGGACGUGACCACAAACAGUGCCGAACCAUCGCCUUCGAAACUGGUGUACAAAACGGUAUUCUAGCAUUGACCUUGAUCAACGUACAAGCUGUUAGAGGACUGGGCUCUGCAAUCGCAUUGAUGACUAUUCCUGUGUUAUAUACUACGUUCGGAUUUGUUGAAACGCUCGCGUUGGUGGCGCUGUACUGGAUAGCACGGAAGUGUAAGAAGACCUCGCUGGGUGGUGAACGACCUUGUCAAUUACGAGAAAAAGAUAUCUGGGCCGGAAAACUGGCUUAUAUUAAUCCUAUGUUAAGUCCUCGUGGACAAUACGUAGAUCGGUCCAUUCAGACGGAAAUUAACCUGUGGGGUAAUCCAGAAGAUAAAAUUAUCACGGCACGGAAAACAUAG